AUGUCCGACGGUGCCCCCCAGCAUACUCCCGUCGAGGACUUCGGCCAAAUCCCUGCCGCUUCCGCCAACACAGGCAACCCUGAGGAUCUCGCCGCAGCCCGUGAGCACGGCUGGACUGAGGACUCUGCACUUGACUACAACGCGUUCAACGCUCCGACUUCGGACAGCAACCCCACCUGGGCCAGCUCAGCCAAGGUCUACGAGUGGGACGGCGAGGAAGGUGAUGUCGGUCCUGCCGAUCCUGAGCUCGAGGCUCAACUUUUCGAGGGCGAGCAUAACAGAGCCGGCACUGCUCUCGACCACAUCAUGAACUUCUCCGCCACGGUCGAAGGUCCCCAGACAUACGAUCCCAUCAGCAGCUUCGAGAACGCCGGCCUUCAUCCUCAAGUUCUAGCUAAUGUCAAGUUGUGCCAGUACGAGACAAUGACUGUCAUUCAGGGUUAUUGUAUCCCGAUCAUUCUUGCAGGCCACGAUCUCGUGGCUGUUGCUCAGACUGGUUCCGGCAAGACUGCUGCCUACCUGAUCCCUAUCAUCUCCAAGUUGAUGGGCAAGGUUCGCAAGCUCCAGGGACCUCGCUCUAAGGGUGGUGUCCGCGUUCGUGCCGAGCCGCUUGUGGUUAUUGUCGUCCCCACCCGCGAGCUCGCCCAGCAGAUCUUCGAUGAGGCCCGCCGUCUUUGUUACCGUUCCAUGUUGCGCCCAGUCUGCGCAUAUGGUGGUAUCCCCAUGGGUAUCAACCUCCAGGAGCUUGGAAAGGGUUGCGAUCUCCUCAUCGGCACACCCGGUCGUCUUCAGGACUUGAUGGACAAGCCCGAUGUCUUGUCCAUGAAGCGUGUCAAGUUCACCGUCAUCGACGAGGCCGAUGAGAUGCUGCACACCGACUGGGAGCAAGAGAUGAGCAAGAUCAUGGGUGGUGGUGAUAUGAAUGAGGUUCCUGACCAUGCCUACCUGAUGUUCUCCGCUACCUUCCCUAAGGAGUCUCGUGCUGCUGCUCGCAUGUACAUGGCUGAGGACUUCAUCCGUGUCCGCAUCGGCCGUGCUGGUUCUACUCACAAGAAUGUCGCUCAAGACAUCAUCUUCGUCGAGCGCAACUCCAAGAAGCAGGCCCUCUACGACAUUCUCAUGGCCAGGCCUCCCUGCCGCACCCUGGUCUUCUGUAACAGCAGGCCCGCAGUUGAGGAGCUCGAUGACUAUCUUUGGAACCGCAGUAUCCCCACCAUCUUCAUGCACGGUGGCCGUUCUCAGCUCGAGCGCGAAGAUGCCAUGAGGAGAUUCAAGGGCGAGAAGUUCCACGUCCUCAUCGCCACUAACGUCUUCGGUCGUGGCAUCGACAUUCCCCAAGUCAACCACGUCGUCAACUACGACUUGCCCGGUACUGAGUAUGGCGGCAUUUCCGAGUACAUCCACCGCAUUGGGCGCACUGGACGUAUCGGACACAAGGGUCAAGCCACUUCCUUCUACAACGAGAGGAACGAGGACAUUGCUCCUGCUCUUGUUAACAUUCUUCUCGAGACUGAGCAGGAGGUUCCCGACUUCCUUCUGGAGUUCAAGCCCGAGGAUGGCAAGGCUGAGUUUGUGGACGAUGUCACAGACGAUGAGGAUGAGAUCUCGGAGCCUACCUAUGUCACCGCGGCUGGUAACGGCGACGCCUCUGGCGAGCCUGCCUCUCCUGCUGCUGCCGAGGGUGGCUGGGGAACUGGAGAUGCCGCCGAGGCUGAAGCUCCCACCAUUGACGCUUGGGCUUCUGCUCCUUCUGCUGCUUGGUAA